AAUAGUCCAUUUUCUCCACCUCUUUCCUGCUUCUCGUCGACCAAUUCCCCACUUUUUAACCCACUUUUAUUAUUUCCGGGUUAGUCAGGACGACCGCGGUGGGGAAUUAUUAGAUUUGCACAACCGCGGACACGCCCUCUGCGAAGUGGGAGGAGCCAGCAGAACAUUGUUCUAGAACACUAUACACAUUUUUUUUGACCGUCGAGGAGGAAAACAUGGCUUACGCGGGAUACGGCGCCCCCAACCCCCACGGCGGUGGAUUCCCAGGAAUGCCGCAGCAGCAGCAGGAUCCACUCUACGGAUACUUUGCAGCGGUAGCCGGGCAGGACGGACAGAUCUCGCCAGAGGAGCUGCAGCAGUGCCUCACUCAGUCCGGCAUCUCCGGCGGUUACAAACCCUUUAACCUGGACACCUGCAGACUGAUGAUCAACAUGCUGGACAGAGACAUGUCCGGCUCGAUGGGCUUCCCCGAGUUCAGGGAUCUGUGGCAGGCACUCAAUGGCUGGAAAUCCAGCUUUGUGUCGUAUGACCGCGACCGGAGUGGCACGGUGGAGGGCAAUGAGAUGCAGCAGGCCAUCACCUCCAUGGGUUACAACAUGAGCCCUCACGCCAUGAACGCCAUCAUGAAGCGUUACAGCACCAACGGGAGGAUCUCCUUUGACGAUUUUGUGUGCUGUUUCGUCCGCCUGCGCGCUCUGACGGACCAUUUCCGGCGCCGCGACACGUCUCAAAACGGCAGCGCCUCAUUUCAAUACGAUGACUUCAUACAGGUGACGAUGAGCAUGUGAGGAAGGACGAGCCUUCCUGCGGUGUCUGUACGGUGGAACCCCCGAUGUCUGCGACUCUCCUAAGACCUCGGCUUCUUUUUUUUCCCUUUCCUUUCUUCAUGUCACCGCUUAAGGGUAUGGCAAAGAGCGAAAAGUGUGAUGGUAACCAUAGAACAGGAAAUUGAACAUAACGGGUCAGGUUGCCCAGUACAAUAUUGAUGAAACAAUUAUAUACACUUAUUUUUAGCAAGCAGAUGCUAACAUGAAUAGCAUGUGUGAUUGCCAAUAAUUAUCAGGAAUAUGAUCAGAAAUGAUCACGGUGGAAGAGGGGUUAGUGCGUCUGCCUCACAGUACGAAGGUCCUUCAGUCCUGGGUUCAAUCCCAGGCUUGGGAUCUUUCUAUGUGGAGUUUGCAUGUUCUCCCCGUGAAUGCGUGGGUUCCCUCCGGGUACUCCGGCUUCCUCCCACUUCCAAAGACCUGCACCUGGGGAUAGGUUUAUUGGCAACACUAAAUUGGCCCUAGUGUGUGAAAGUGAGUGUGAAUUUUGUCUAUCUGUGUUGGCCCUGCGAUGAGGUGGCGACUUGUCCAGGGUGUACACCGCCUUCCGCCCGAUUGUAGCUGAGAUAGGCGCCAGCGCCCCCCACGACCCCAAAAGGGAAUAAACGGUAGAAAAUGGAUGGAUGGAUGAUCAGAAAUGAGUUUUCUUGAGUAAUGACCAAAGCCAGGGAUCCCCAAACUACGCCAUUGUCCAAAAUCCUGCCCGCGGGAAGUCCCGAGUUUAAAAAAAAAAACAAAAACAAAAAAAACCUUUAUAUUUUUAUUUUUUUAAUCAGUCCUUUCUAAUCCAUUUUCUGUCGCUUGUUAAUCUUGGUGUCUCCUAGCCGCUCAGGCAAAUCAUUUUGUCUAUAAAUGAAUUUUCCCAUUGAUGAUGUGAUAUUAUCGCGCUUGCAGAAUAUAUAUAUAUAUAUAUAUAUAUAUAUAUAUAUAUAUAUAUAUAUAAAAUGUGUGUGUACAAAUGUAUGUAUGUGUAUAUAUAUAUAUAUAUAUAUAUACACACACACACAUAUAUAUACACACAAACAUACAUGUGUGUGUGUGUGUGUGUGUAUAUAUAUAUAUAUAUAUAUAUAUAUAUAUAUAUAUAUAUAUAUAUAUAUAUAUAUAUAUAUAUAUAUAUCUAUAUCACCAGCCAGAUUUUUUUCAACCCAAUGCGGCCCCCGAGUCAGAAAGUUGGGGACUCCUGACCGAAGCAGUGCACUAAAAAAAACCGUACAAGCAAUUACAGUUGCAUUUUGAAGAUGUUAGAUUAGGCAGCAGUGUAAAGACUACUUUUACUGUUAUUAAAGUAGCGACUAAUAGUCCGGAAUUUAAGGUAAAAAGGUUUUAUGACGGUGAUGGCUUGACACCGGAACAGACUAAUGAAAUCCCCAUUACUGCCUGUGGAGAACAAAUGCUUGUAAAUCCAAACAAAUAGGAGGUGGCCCCGCAUCUUGGAACAGUGUUGGACUUCAGGGGUUCCACUGUAUUUGUCAUGUGACAUUCCAGCCAGCUAGUAGCGAUGUAAUCAAUGUACCUCGUUAGCCCGCUACACUCCACUUUACACUGUGUACUCCUUUUAAUUUGUAACAGAAGUCAUAGGAAGGACACAAUGUCAUGAUAAGGUGCUAAUAAACUUGGGUCCUCACGUC